AUGAACCCUGGUCGUGGCAUCGUCGACGUCAUCUCAGUGAUCCUGCAGUCUCUUCUCUUCACGGCCAUGGGCACCUGCACCGCCCGGGAGAAGAAGCCGAGAUACUACCAGAAGUUUACCCGGUCACUCUCGUCCUUGGCCACAGCUGCAUCUGAGUCUGGGUCCGCGACAAUGCAAGGGCUGCAGUCCAUGGCCAGCGGCAUCCAGGGUCGCCUGUCCUCCAGCUCGGACACUGCUCAGUCGCCUUGGGCUUGGCUGGCACCCUGUCAGAUCUGCGAGAAGCCGCAGACGACCGAUGAGAUCGUGGUGGACUCCCGGCGAAGUUGA